GUCCUAAUCCACGAUUUGUCAUUUGAUUCUAUUUUUCCAAAGGUUUUAUAUUCGCUAUGUACGCAGGAAGAAGGGCGGAAAGUACUGUAGUUUACUAUUAAGAUAAGAAAAAAGUAGUGUAACGUUAUAAAAGGGGAUAAUAUCGAGAAAGGAAUUCAUAUCGCCGUAAAGAUUAUUUUAACAUUACAAAGAUUAUAUUUUUUUCCAUUUGCCAUUUAAAGAAGAAUAUUCUGUGACAUCGUGAACCACUUUCCGUCAUUGAUGAUUGCACUCAGGAAGCAUAUGUGCCAUGAACCAAGUCUGUCCGUGGUCAGAAGUGCAGAAGAAAGUUGUGAAAACAAUCCGACGUAUAAUUGUGCUCUUUCGAAAUCGAAAUGAUGAAACAUCAGUCCACCAUCAAUCUAUCAGGACGACAGUCAAUUUCAGUGAGAACGAAGGGCUGCUAUUUCAAAUCAGAUUGACCAAUCAACAAAGGGUUGGCUGGACACCAGUCGAAAAUGGUGACUUCACGCGAAUAGCGUUGCGUUUCGACAUUUUACAUUUUCCGCGUAUAAUUUCCGUUUUUUAUUAAUUAUUACUCCUAAUUUCAUAGGUGUUUAUACUAAUAUAGAC